AAAAAAGAAGAGGAACUUCCGCGCAGAAACCGGAACUUACGUCAGAGGAGAAAAAGCUGGGAGCGCUGAUCUGGCGGCUGGAGGCUUCACACAGCGACGCCAGCAAUGGCAGCCGGGUGGUAACACAUGUCCGUAAGCCGAUAUAUAUUUACGUGGAGACCGAGCGAAGAAACACUGGCAAACAAUGUCUCGGCACAGAAAUGUGCGGGGUUACAACUACCAAGAAGACUUUGAGGAUGAUGACAUAUAUGGACAGUCUGUUGAAGAGUAUGACUGUAUAUCACCAGCUACAGCAAAUCAGUUCCUGUACUCGCGUCAACAGAGGCAAGUAUCUAAAGAAGAGCCUCUAGAGGAGGAAGGAUAUGAAGCUGAUGAUGUUCCAAUGUCACCAACCAUCAAUCCCAGUCUUGACCCCUUGGACCAAGCCAAGCUGUAUUCCUGCCUCGACUAUAUGCGGACUGUGUUGGGCGAAGCGGUGCCAGAGUCAGUCCUGACCCAGGCAGCUAUAAAACAUGGAUUUGACCCACAGAGAGCACUGGAUGCUGUGCUGUCAGAGGACUCCAAACCGGCUCCAGUUCCCAAAAGGGCAGAUGAAGAAAUGUCCUCAGCAUCCUGGUUGAGUGAGGAGAAGGCGCCACUUCCACAAAGAACCAAAAGGGAGAGUGCGGCAGAUAGAGCCAAAGGCAGAGAUGCGCCUCAGUACCAUUUGGACUCUGAAGUGGUUCCAAAAGUGGCCCGGAUGACCGUCUCUGGCAAGAAGCAGACCAUGGGCUUUGAGGUCCCCAGCACAGGCGAGACCUUCCCUUCUUCAGUCCAUCGAGUUGGCAGCCCAGAAAACGUCACCUCAACCUCCUCCCCUGAGAUUGCACCUAAACGUCCAGAUACUCCGUCGAAGGCUUCCAACGGAGACGAGCCCUCAGCCGUUCCUACACCCAGCCGCUCUUCCGGAAAGGCCCGACAGGCCAUCAACAUCAAGGCAGAGCUGGAGAAGAGACAAGGGGGCAAACCCCUGUUAAAUCUGGUAGUCAUAGGUCAUGUGGAUGCAGGUAAGAGCACACUGAUGGGCCACCUGCUUUAUCUGCUCGGCAACGUCAACAAGCGCACCAUGCACAAGUAUGAGCAGGAGUCCAAAAAGGCAGGGAAGGCCUCCUUCGCUUACGCCUGGGUCCUGGAUGAAACUGGCGAGGAGAGAGACAGAGGGGUGACCAUGGACGUGGGCAUGACAAAGUUUGAGACAAACACUAAGGUGGUGACGCUGAUGGACGCACCAGGACACAAAGACUUCAUCCCCAACAUGAUCACAGGGGCUGCACAGGCGGACGUUGCCGUCCUGGUGGUGGACGCUAGCAGAGGCGAGUUUGAGGCAGGCUUCGAGGCCGGCGGUCAGACCAGAGAGCACGCUCUCCUGGUGCGAUCUCUCGGCGUCACUCAGCUGGCUGUAGCCGUCAACAAGAUGGAUCAGGUAAACUGGCAACAAGAGCGUUUCCAAGAAAUCAUCUCAAAACUCGGGCAUUUUCUAAAGCAGGCUGGAUUCAAGGAAUCAGACGUUUUCUACAUCCCAACCAGCGGCUUAUCAGGAGAAAACCUCACCGUCAGGAGUUCAGUGUCGGAGCUCACCUGUUGGUAUUCUGGACCCAGCCUGUUGGAGCAGAUCGAUGCAUUCAAACCCCCCCAGAGAUCCGUAGAUAAACCUUUCAGACUGUCUGUCUCAGAUGUGUUCAAAGAUCAGGGUUCAGGCUUCUGCAUCACCGGGAAGAUUGAAGCUGGUUAUAUCCAGACGGGAGACAGAAUAUUGGCGAUGCCUCCCAAUGAAACCUGCACAGUAAAAGGAAUCACUCUACAUGAUGAAGCUCUGGACUGGGCUGCUGCCGGAGACCACGUCAGCCUCACGCUCACCGGCAUGGACAUCAUCAAGAUGAAUGUUGGCUGCGUCUUCUGUGACCCCAAGGAGCCCAUUCGAGUCUGCACUCGGUUCAAAGCCAGAAUCCUCCUUUUCAAUAUCGAGGUUCCCAUCACGAAAGGCUUCCCAGUACUGUUGCAUUACCAGACAGUCAGCGAACCAGCCACCAUUAGGAAACUAAUAAGCGUCCUACAUAAGACCAGCAGCGAGGUCCUCAAGAAGAAACCAAAGUGUUUAACGAAGGGUAUGAACGCCAUAGUGGAGCUGCAGACCCAGAGGCCGGUGCCUUUAGAGCUGUACAAGGACUACAAAGAACUGGGUCGCUUCAUGCUGCGAUACGUGGGCUCCACCAUCGCUGCAGGAGUUGUUACAGAGAUCAAGGAAUGAAGAGUUUCCACCAGCACAGGGGUCAGCCGGGGUCAAAGAGUCCCACUCUUUGACAGAAGAGACGUCAUCCAUCUGUCCAUCCAUCCGAUGCAGAAUCUGCAUCCGUUGAUGGUUGUAACUAACAAUAACUGCACACAUGCAAUUGUAGCCUAGAAUGUGAACAGAAAUUAAUAAAAAAAUGACAUGUGGGAGGGGAGAAAUAAAUGAAAUACUUCUGCAAGGGAGAUUUUUAGCAGCAAAAUGCACAAUGAAAGGGCUAAUCUUGUUUUCCUACGUUAUUUAGAGGUCUGGAUAUUUUUAUUUUGAAUCAAAUGAUGUGCCAAGAGAGUGACGGAAGUAGUUUUUAGUUUGAAUUUUUUUGUUUUUGUUUACAAAUCACAUUUAAUUUGGGAACCUAAAACAGUAUAAAAGGCUUAGGAAUGCUGCAUGUUAAUAAACUGCAUCUGCAGAGGUUUUGAGCUUUUUGAAACGCAUCACUACACGGCUGUAAUUAUGAAGUCCAAAAUGAAGAUUAUGGUAAACUUAUUUGAUCUGGUUUCAUGGCGACAUUGUUGGUCUUCGCUGGCGUGGAGAGCACCACGAGGCACAGUCAUUAAGGCCGCAAAGAAGGGAUGACUGACGGCGAGUCUUACACUUCUCCAGGGAAAAUAAAGUGAUUGCAACACUUGA